CCAAGUUAAAAUAAAAUGUAUAUUUGCAAUUUCUGUUCAUGUGUUAUCCAGGCUGAAGUUUGCGUGUACGUUGGUCAUCCUGUACCAGUCCUAAUUGCAUUCUGCAACAUGGCAGCUUGCAGUGAGUACAUUAAAUCAGAAUUCCCGUUAAUUGACGAUGAUUUAUAUCAAUAUGUAGAAGGAAUUCUAGCUAGCGGAGCAGAUGAUUUUGAGGACAGUGGAGAGCUUUAUGAUGCUAUUGGAGAAGUACUACAUGAGGUUGCAGAAGAGAAGUCAGAAAUGGACAUUAGAAAUAUCUGUGAUAAACUCCUGCAUAUAAUGAAACCUGAAAAGGCCAGCAUGAUAAAUACUGGAUCAGCAAAGGUGCUUAAUGCACCUGUGCAUCUUGCAACCAUGGCGGCCAACCUAGAGAAUAAUGUUGAAGCCAUUAAAAGUAUUUGGGUCAUGUCAAGGGAUGAUGGACUUAAAGUUGAUGCAAAGAAAUUAGAGAAAGCAGAAGCAAAAUUACAACAGAAACAAGAGAAGCGAAGUCAAGACUCUGCAAAUAGUCGUAACACUGUGACAGCGGUGCGUCUUGAAUCUGCUACAGCAUCACAAGUUACAAGUAAGAAAGAGGCUAAGAUGGAGGACAAAGGAAACAACCGUGCACAGGACAUUCGUAUUGAGAAUUUUGAUGUGGCUUUUGGAAACAGGGUUCUACUUGCAGCUGCAGAUAUUACAUUAGCAUAUGGAAGAAGAUAUGGGCUGGUUGGAAGAAAUGGAUUAGGAAAGACGACAUUACUUCGAAUGAUAUCUAGUGGUCAGCUGCGGAUACCAUCACACAUAUCGGUGCUACAUGUUGAGCAGGAAGUGGUGGGUGAUGAUACACCAGCACUGGAAAGUGUCUUACAAUGUGAUGCAUUACGUGAGGAACUACUGAGUAAAGAACGUGAGAUUAGUGUCAGUAUCAAUAAAGGAUGUACAGAUCCAGAGCUUAGCAGCCAGCUUACGGAGGUGUAUGCACAGCUUCAGAAUAUUGAGGCUGAUAAAGCACCAGCGAGAGCAAGUAUUAUUUUGAAUGGCCUUGGUUUCACACCUGAAAUGCAGCAGCGCCCAACUAAAGAGUUCUCUGGAGGUUGGCGUAUGAGGUUGGCCCUCGCACGUGCCCUCUUCUCAAGACCAGAUCUUCUUCUUCUUGAUGAACCAACAAAUAUGUUAGACAUCAAGGCCAUUAUUUGGCUAGAAAACUACCUUCAGAACUGGCCGACUACGUUACUUGUUGUUUCUCAUGAUCGAAAUUUUCUUGACACUGUACCAACAGAUAUUUUGAAUCUCCAUUCACAGCGUAUUGAUGCAUACAGAGGUAACUAUGAGAACUUUGAGAAGACCAAGACAGAAAAGCUUCGGAAUCAGCAACGAGAAUUUGAAGCCCAGCAGCAGCACCGAGCUCAUGUUCAAGAGUUUAUUGACAGGUUUCGAUACAAUGCCAAUCGGGCAUCCAGUGUACAGAGCAAAAUCAAAAUGCUGGAGAAGCUGCCAGAACUGAAGGCCAUUGAGAAAGACGUCGAGGUUAUCCUGAAGUUUCCCGAGGCUGAGGCACUCUCACCACCGAUUCUACAAAUUAAUGAAGUGUCAUUUUGUUAUUCACCUAAUAAAGUGAUCUUCAGCAAUGUAAAUCUGGGUGCUACACUAGAAUCUAGGAUAUGCAUUGUUGGUGAUAAUGGAACUGGUAAAACAACACUUCUAAAAAUCAUCAUGGGCAUUUUGACACCAACUAAAGGAAUUCGUCAUAUUCACCGAAACCUUAAAUUUGGUUACUUCAGCCAGCAUCAUGUUGACCAACUCGAUAUGAAUGCCAAUUCUGUAGAGUUGCUGCAGUCAAGUUACCCAGGUAAACCAAUUGAGGAAUAUCGUCGCCAGUUGGGAAGUUUCGGGAUCACAGGUGACAUGGCUUUGCAGACAGUAGCCAGCUUAUCAGGAGGGCAGAAGUCACGUGUGGCCUUUGCAAGGAUGUGCAUGGGCAGUCCCAAUUUCCUUGUGCUUGACGAGCCCACAAACCACCUCGACAUUGAAACUAUUGAAGCACUUGGGAAGGCCAUAAACAAAUACACAGGAGGUGUGAUUCUGGUAUCACAUGAUGAGCGACUGAUUCGUAUGGUGUGCAAAGAACUGUGGGUUUGUGGAAAUAUUAGUGUCAGAAGCAUUGAAGGAGGUUUUGAUGAAUACAGGCGGUUAGUGGAGCGGGAAUUAGAGGCACAGACCAAAUAGCAAAACUCAGCAUUCUCAACACUGCCGCCCAUUCCUUGUUGUGUAUGUGGAAGAAAUAAAGCACGCUAUUGUUAACAUUUUAAAAUGCUGCAAAUGCUGAUUUGAAUCAAAUCUUCUAUUUAUUGUUUGCAGACUAUUGUGUAAUUUUGUGACGUAUGGCUUAAUAGAAAAUUAUAUACAUAUUUAUAAAACUA